GUGAAUAGCCUUGUACCAUGUGACCUCUGUGAUCAUUCAGAUUUCACAGGUAAGCAAUGUCAGGAAGUGACAUUUUGUUUACUACUAUUCAUGUGAUCACUGAUUGGCCAAUCAGUGAUCAGAUGAAUUGGGACUUUACACAGGUCCUGUACACCAUUGAGAAAUACUGUGAGAGCUGUGAUUGGUCACAGCUUGUCACAUGGUACAAAGCUGUUGUGAAUAGCCUUGUACCAUGUGACCUCUGUGAUCAUUUACAG